AUGGCCUGCAGCGAUGACUUUUCCAGCGGGUCCAUGGCGCAAUGGAGGACUCCCGGUGGCUCUUCCGACGCAUCCUCUAAUCACCAAGGCCCUGUGAACACUAACUUUGGAAACUCCAUCUUCGAUGCCGAUAUAACGCCACCAUCGACCUCUGGUAAUGCGGGCCUUCUCUUCCGUGUGUUUAACCGUAGUAUUGGCGCAAAUGCCUACAAAGGCUACUAUGCAGGUCUUGAUGCCACCGGAAGCGCUUUCCUCGGCCGGGCGAGCAAGAGCUGGAUGCAGCUCGGUAGGUGGCCUGCUGAUGUGGCAUCCAACAAUACUCACCACGUCAAAGUGCAGGCUAUAGAUAGGGCACUCGAACUUUUCAUCGAUGACAUGAGUAAGGCCAAGAUCAGCCUCACGGAUGACACCUAUACCAGCGGAGUGAAUGGUGUGCAAGUUUACGACACGGGUGCCACAUUUGAAAGCAUUGAAAUCGCUCCGUUGGUGGUUAGCGGUGACUUCUAG